AUAAAGGAGAAACCUGCCUUCCCCUCCCCUGGUGGCCAUCUCAGGAGACCAAGACCAGCUUUCCCGCCCUGGAGAAGGCCUAGAUGAGAAAACCGAGACCCAGACAGAGACAGUAACAUGUCCAGGGAUACCUCCAACAUGCAGACUCCUGUCAUGAUGUCUCUGCUGCUUGUGUCCAUGGGCCUCAUAGAAACACUUCAGGUCCAGAGUCUCCCCAUCACACGACGGGACCUCUUCUCUCAAGAAAUGCCCCUGGACAUGGCCCCAGCCUCCUUUGAUGACCAGUACACUGGCUGUUCAGCAGCUAUGACAGCCGCUCUCCAGGAUCUCAACCACACAGAGUUCCAGACUAACAAAGUAUAUGCAGAAGGCUGGGCGCUGGCAAGCAGCCAAUGGCAGGCGCGCAGGGCCUGGGGGCCAGAGUGGGGCCUCAGUCCUACCCGUCUGCCUCUGCUGCCUCCUGGCUUCCGUGAUGAGCAUGGGGUGGCUCUCCUGGCCUACACAGCCAACACCCCCCUGCACAAGGAAUUCAACGCAGCUGUGCGUGAGGCGGGCCGCUCUCGGGCCCACUACCUCCACCGCUUCUCCUUCAAGACCCUCCAUUUCCUGUUGACUGAUGCCCUGCUGCUGCUGGGCAGGGGCCGGCAUCCGCCCCAGUGCCACCAGGUGUUCCGAGGGGUGCAUGGCCUGCGCUUCCGGCCAGCAGGGCCUGGGGCCACUGUAAGGCUGGGGGGCUUUGCCUCUGCAUCCCUGCAGAAUGUGGCAGCCCAGCAGUUUGGUGAGGACACCUUGUUUGGCAUCUGGACCUGCCUCGGAGUCCCUAUCAGGGGCUACUCCUUCUUCCCAGGGGAGGAGGAGGUACUAAUCCCCCCCUUUGAGACCUUCCAGGUGAUCAAUGCCAGCAGACCGGCCCAGGGCCCCGCCCGCAUCUACCUCCGGUCCCUAGGCAAGCGCAGCAUGUACAACUGUGAGUACAUCAGAGACAAUCAGUGCAAGUCUGGGCCCUGCCGUCUGGACAACUCAGCCACGGGUCAGGGGCCCCUUUGUGCAGUCUGGUCCCUUCUGUUGCUGCUCUGUUUCCUUGUCAAGGGAGACUUUCCAGAGAGUCCAGGCCUCCUGUGAUCCAUCAGACCUGAGCAGCCCUGCCUGCCACCUCCGCC